UUCACGUCAAAGAAGGGGAGGCCGUGCAGCGCAUGGCUGAAAACGUUGGAUAUCUCGUAACUUGUCCGCAACGCAGUGGGCCGCAAGAGUUUCGGAUGCGAGAGCACAACGGAGCAACAAACCUUAGCAGCGGAAGGUCAGAGGAAACAGCAGCCGAGAGCCAGGCAGUAAUAGCAUUUGACAUCCCGAGUGAAGCUUUGGGUUUGAGAGAUCAGCAACACAGCAAUACAAGUGCGACAUCGUGCUCGUCACGCUCGACUCGGUUCAUUGUCUACCGUACUGCUAGCCUUUUUCAGGAUAGCAACUUAUCUACGGAUAAGUUCGUUGGAUCCAUGAUCAUAUCAGCUCAGGUGGGGGUAUCCCCUGUCGUAAAUCUGAGUGUCCCGGUCGUGAUUUCAUUCAAGAUUUUACAAGGGCAGACAAAUCAAGACGGGAUAGGCCCAGCCUGGGAGACCAAUAUGGAGUGUGUGUUCUGGGAUUACACCAUAUCUUUUGGCGAGGGUGGCUGGAAUGGCGAGGGAUGUGAGCUUUUGAAUGUGUCAACCAGUGACAGAGCUGUAUGUCAGUGCAAGCACUUGACUAGCUUUGCAAUCCUCGUGUCACGAAAAGCCCUGGAGUCGCAUCCCGGAAUGGAUUCUGACGCCACGCUGGGCAUCAGCAUUGUAUCCUACAUAGGCAGUGCUCUAUCAAUGGCAGGUCUACUUGCCACAGUUUUCAUCAUUGCUUCAGUCAGGAGACUCCGGUCACGUGGUCAUCAGAAGCUGAUACUAGGACUCAGCUGUACACUACUCGCAGUACUAGUCUUGUUUGUAGCGGCCCUAGCUCCAGCAGCACACCAUAGACUACUCUGCCAGGGUGUGGGUCUCUCACUGCACGUCCUCCUACUUAUGGUGUUCAUGUGGAUGUCAGCUGAUGCUACUCUACUUUACACGCAACUCGUGACAGUCAUUGGUGGCAACACAGAAACGCUGCUGAGAAGGCUGAUAAGCGCAGUGUUCGUUCUCCCCAUCAUCAUCGUUGUUGCAACAGCAUCAGCGACGGGAAUGACGGCAUAUGGGAGCAAACACUAUUGCUGGAUAUCGAGUGACGCCGCCUUCUACGGAGCAUUCAUUACGCCUAUGUGUCUAACACUCGUCUACAACAUAAGCGUUCUCUUCCUAGUGGUAAAGUCCCUGAAGACUCGAGCAGGGGCCGUCAGGACAACUCGAAAGAAGCAAACCGCCCCCCGGAAAGUCAACCUGCUGCGUAUCAGUGUUUCCCUAUCAUUGUUGCUCGGCCUGACAUGGGUGACCGGAGUGCUGACUGCUCUCAUUGAUCACAUAUCUUUGCAAUACAUCUUCGCCGGACUGAACACGAUGCAGGGUGUCUUCAUCGUCGUGCACACCAUCACGUCACAGGAUGUGCGCAAGGAAUGGAGCGAUCACAGCUCGCGGCGAUCGCGCUCUGCACGCGACACAAUGUCGAGCUCCUUCAGAUUCAGCCGAAUCAGCCUGCGCCGAUUGUCCAGCCAUGGGGAAGACACGCUGGAGAGACCCCGCUCCAUGUACCGUCGAAGCACAUACCGGCGUGAUUCUCUGGGCGAGCCAGACAAUUACUUGUCCGGUACCAGCAAAUUCAGACGUGCUAGCAGGGAAUCUUGUGUUCCAGCGGGUCUCUCCAACACUCUCACGUCCUCUGCUCACGGGUGGCCAUCAUCGUCUACUAUCCCCAUCUCUGAUCUCACCAGUACUAGCCACAUCAGGGUGAACGAAAGCUUCAGUUUGCCUAAUGAAGAUACCACCUUACCUCUGUUCAUGCCCUCGUCCAAGCCUAUCCAGGAGGAAGAGUCAUACGGAGCAUCCACGGAAAUGUAGACCCUCAGAUUUGGCCACUACCAAAGAUGUCCUGGUACCUGUGGUGGGGCUUGAUCAAUUUGCUCCAAACAUGGUGGGUGACAUCCGACCAGACUUCCAACAGUGCAUAACUGGCGCACCAGAUUUCCACGGAGCUUCCUGCCCUGGCAGUGGUACAAAUGCACCUGGACGUACACUUGUGUUCGGAUAAAAUUAAAGGAUACUUAUCCAAGGUGCAAGCGUUUCCAUCGGGUUGGAUUCCAAGGAGCACAACUAUACCACACAGAAAUGUUGAAUGGCCUAUUUUCGUUUCAAGGCUUACUGCCCACAAAUAGCCCCCAGGAAACGUCUUCUUUUCUAUGAGCGAACAUUAGUUAUCUCUAUUUUACUUCACCAUAGACACUUGCUUUCCUGCGUUCUGGCUGUGGUCUUGCAUGAUGCCACAGCUCCUAGGCUAUGAUGAUCAUUAAAUUGUUGCUCUUGUUCUUGUUGAUAUCUAAAAAAAUAUAGUAGAAGUAAAAUAUUUUCUGUGUCUGGGGUUUUCCUAAUUUUUCCUAUCUAUAAUUAUGGUUUUCGACCACGACCUUGUCAGAACUUUAUGCACUCUCAUUGUGCAUCCUUCAGUCCAUUUACCCCUCUUUAGGCUUGUAAUAAUAACAAAACAUAAUGCAACUGAUAAACAUGUGUACAUCAAUCGUGCAUACCUUACCCAGGCAAAUCUGAUUCCCAUAUUUUGAUAGAAUAGCGAAGUGAGGACUUUGUUCUUUGCACAGUAUGUAUGUAUGUAUGUAUAACUCAUAAUCACAAGGUGAUCGUAGAGGCAUCAAUCAGCGAGAGAAUUGUGAAUGAUGUCUCUGAAUCCAACUCUAUCGUGUGCUGCAUGAGAGAGAGCAUGCAAGGGAAUACCCGUCCAACUUUUAAU